UCCUGAUUCCCAUGUUGCAAGUUCGAGGCUAAAAAAGUAGAAACUACUUUUACAUUUUUUUGUUUUGUUUUAAAAUUGUCCGCUAAUUUGAAGGUCCAUCUUUUCAUCGAACAUCGAAUAUGACUUAAUCUGGAGUUGAAGCGCCGCUCGAGAGCGAUUUGAAGUUCGAUUCCAGAAGAUUGCUCUCCUCCCAACUCUUUGUCAAGGUUCUUAAGGAGGAGCGACUGCCAACGCCGGAGAAUUCAAAAUGAUGCUGAGCCCGGACCAGGCGGAGGCGGACCUCUCCUGGACCCAGUCCGACCCGGAGUCGAUGCUCAACGGCCUCAGGUCGGCCGGCUGCACCUCGGACGAGCUGGCGGAGGGCGAGGAGAGGGCCAAGUGCCGGUCCGACCAGCCCCUGAGCCGCGAGGAGAAGAGGCGGCGGCGGAGGGCCACGGCCAAGUACCGCUCGGCCCACGCCACCCGAGAGCGGAUCCGCGUGGAGGCGUUCAACGUGGCCUUCGCGGAGCUGAGGAAAUUACUCCCCACCUUGCCCCCGGACAAGAAGCUCUCCAAGAUCGAGAUCCUCAGACUGGCGAUAUGCUACAUCUCCUAUCUCAAUCACGUGUUGGAUGUUUAAACACAAAACAAAAAAGGGACUGAAAUGGUUUGGGUGGAGCUGACUGGACUCUGGCUGGGGGGGUCAAUAGGGUACGGCAAAGUGGGGAGCAGGGUGGACUUUGUGAAGCAGAUGAGGGGCUUUGCAGCCUUCCAUGGCUCAUAUUUUGUGCGGGCAUUGCCUUUAAUAUUGUCAAUUUCUGGGUGCAAAAAAAAUGUGCUCAGUCCACCAUAAUAUUAAAAACCCUUUAAUUAACGGAGGUUAUAUAAUACAUAUUUCACUCUAUGUUAAUAUAGAAUGUCAACACAAUACAUCCUGCAGGGCCAAAAAUCUAUAUGGAAGAAUUUCUCCCUCCAAAUGAAUAGUCCCCGGAUGCUGGGACUUUGCCAUACCUGCCCCCCCCCCUCCAAGCGUGAGUCCAGCGUCGGUUAUUGAUGACGGCAGCGGUGGUGAUGGUGAUGGUGAUGAUAGUUGUUGCAAAGUUGUGGGGGGGGGGGGACUGCUCCCGAGUGAAAGCCUCAACUUUCAGUCCUGCCGCUCACUGAACAACAAGAAAAGCAACGAGCGCCGAGUCGUUUGAGCUGUUAGAUGCAAUAAUGAGAAUACUGAUUAUGAUCCGACAGACAGAGGGAGGGGGGCAGGCAGGCCGCGAGGACGCCCCGCGAGCAUUCAUGUUUUCCUUCAACAAAGGUGUUAAAAUGGAGAGGAAUAAUAAGAAAAAUAAUGUCAUGAAUUUCAAUAAUUUGGUUUUCAGAGAAACCUCAAUUCCCACCCCCAACACAACGCUAUCAGUUGAAUCCUACCUAAUAACAUGAAUACAUUCAAGUCCCCCCCCCCCUCACUGUCUCUAUUUGAGGUGUAAUAAAACAAACAAACAUUUUUCACAUCGAAAUGAAAGGAUGUAAACGAGACAUAGCUGCUUUAGAUUCUAGUUUAGGUGAUGUUUUCCGUAAAGGAAGGGGGGGGGGAUGCGUAAGUGCCACUUAUGACAUAUGAAAUUGUGACCUUAAUCAUCUUUUUUAUUAAAUUAUUGUAUGGAAUUAUUUAUUUAAAUGUGUUGAUAUUUAAGGCUAAUUUAUUUAUGUUGAUAUCAUAGGCUGGCGUCUUUUUUGUUUUGUAUAAAUGUAUAUUGUUUGUUGCUUCUAUAUUUUAGGCUGUGAAAUUGAACUUGAAAAAAAUGAUGGUGUUCUACUCUUGAAAAAAAAAAAGGCACUUUCUGUUGAUCCAUAACAUAACUUAUUGGUUUGAUGUAAGUUUGAUGUUCGUCAUGUUUUUUUGUUUUUAAUUUAUUUUAAUGUCACGUCUAUUGCCUAUCAAUAGCAACGAUAAAGCACUUAAACAUGGGGUUCAUUGGCCCCGUAAAUGUUUAUUUUCCGAAAUUGUUGUGUUCAGAGGUCGCUCGGAGAAUAAGAAUCGGGCUGCUUGAAAUUAAAUAAAACAAGAAUUAGCGUUUCAUUUUAAAAUGACAGAAUAAUCAUAUAAAGAAUUAUUUCAAACAGUUUCUACCACCUAUCAGAGGGCUGUGACCAAAAAGUAAUAUUAAUAAUUUGAAAGAAAGAAAAAAAAAGUCUGAAUUUAUUCUCUUCAAUGUUUUGAUGUUCUAUUUUUUGGUUUCGUUUGUUUGUGUCUGCUUUGUAUUACGAAAUCCAAUAAGUAAUUUUAUAGUGAAGAAAAAAAGCAAACAUAUCCUCUAUCCAAAGAUUUUCUGUCUCUUCAGGGUUGUGUAGGCUACUUGUUGCUUUAUGCAGAUCUUUUGUAGUAGAGGUGUCGUGUGACAGCUGGUUUCUA